AGUAGAAAAGAAUAUACAAAUUAUUUUGUUGGAGGAAGAAGAGAUUUUAUUCUAUGGAUUCAGGUGCAGGAGAAAGCUCUGCUGCCGACGAUUACGAGUCGUUGAUGUCGACCACCGACGCCGAGCUGCUGAAGAGCGCGUGGCGGAACGAGAAAGCGGCGCCGGAGAUUCUCAAUUACGCCGCUGAUUUGGUGCAGAGGUCGCGCCAGCAGAUCCAAUUAAUGGAAGAAAUGGUGGAAGAUUACAUCAACGAUGGUGUUGAUCCACUAACAGUAUCUCUUUACCAGAUUGACUUGGACAGGACCAUGUUCUUGUUGAGAUCUUAUCUCCGCACUCGUCUUCAAAAGAUUGAAAAAUACGUCUUUCAUAUACAGAAAACUGCAGAAGAAUGGAAUAGGCUUUCUAAGCAGGAACAGAAGUUUGCUUCAAGGUUUGCUGGAGACAUAAAGCAUCAUCUGGAUCAGUCUGUUCUCUCUAGAUUGCCAGAUCAAUACCAGUCCCAUUUGAGGCAAUCUGCAGCAAGUGAAGAAGACGACAUGGUUCCAGAGCCGCAGCUGGAUUCCUAUGUCGUCUGCAGAAGCAAGAAAUACUUGGGAACCUAUCAGCUCAACGACGGGGGAGAGGAGCUUAUUAACAUUGAAGCAGACGAUUUGUAUGCUUUGCCAUACAAGUCUAUAAAGCCACUCGUUGAGAGUGGCCAAGUCGAUCUCGUUUAACCACCCGAGCCCAGCUGCUGUCGCCCCCAUGUGUGAUAGUGAAGGAGGAUGUUAAAUUGCAAGGACAAGAACAAUGCAUCCAGCUCUUGUACAAUGGCAUUUGUUUGUCGUUGCACCUGUGUUUUUGUCUUUGUGAUCGGCUGUAAGGUAUGAAAUACUAUGAAUUAUAUACGGUUCAAGAUUCGGACACGUGUUAUUUAGUUGGAUUAAGUCUGAGGUUUGAUUGUUUUAUUGGAUGGUUGCCUCUGAAAUCUGAUUGGCUCCAAUCUCGUUUA